AUGGCGAUACCUAUUUACUAUGAGCUUCAUGAUCUGCUUAAUCAAGAAGCUCAGAAAAAAGGUGUCUUUGCAGAUCUGGACAAUGAUAUUGUGGAUGCAAUUCAUCAUGGUCUUAUCAAAUAUCAGAAGUAUUAUACCUUUAUGGAUAAUACUGAUGCUUAUUACACUGCAUUGAUUCUUGAUCCAAGAGUGAAGGGAGACAUUCUGCUUCAUCAGCUAUCUGAUAAUGAGGCUGGACAGAUGAUUAUCAAUGCAAUUCGUGAGAAUAUCCAUGAGCAGUAUCGUCAUGAGUUGGUUGAUACUCAAACCUCUUCUACCAAUGCUGUCCUAUUGGAUAAUCAUCAUAUCCUGUACAAGGUGCUCACCAGCACCAUGGUCUACCUCAUUGACGAUAUUUUCCUACCUCUGAGGUCGAAAAAGUUCGAUUCUGAAGUCAUCGCGAACCGAAAGUUCAAUAUCCCACUAUUAUUUUUGUCUUGA